CCCUUUGAGUUCUUGGCAUUUUGCUGAUCCCAGCCUGCACUAAAUUGGUAGCUGAGUCAGUGAAUGCAGUCAGUGUGCCAACGUAGCGACAGCACCCUGCCCUUCCUGCACCUUGAUUCUUCAGAAAUACAGGCCAGCUCAAAAUGUUUCUUGCCAAAAGACUGAUUGGAGGCAUUCUGGAUGUGGUCAGCAACAUUGACCCAGCCCAGUUUGUGCCCUCCGACCCUCCUCCCGCGCGUAGGCCCCUUGCGUACGCCGAUCAGUAUGAGAGCGAUGAGGAGAAGCAGUUCCGCAAAGUUUUUCAGCAGCUCGCUGGGGAUGACAUGGAGGUUAGCCCCACUGAACUGAUGAACAUCCUCAACAGAAUCAUUGGCAAACAUCAAAACCUGAAGACAGAUGGCUUCAGCAUAGAGUCCUGCAGGAGUAUGGUGGCUGUUAUGGAUAGUGACAGCACUGGCAAGCUGGGCUUCCACGAGUUCAAACACCUCUGGAACAACAUCAAGAAAUGGCAGGGUGUGUAUAAGCAGUUUGACGCAGACGGCUCUGGGAUGAUCGGUGCAGAUGAGCUGCCAAACGCAUUCAGAGCUGCAGGCUUCCCUCUAAACGACCAACUCUUCGACAUGAUCAUCCGUCGCUACAGUGACGAGAGCGGAAACAUGGACUUUGAUAACUACAUCGGAUGCCUGGUGCGACUAGAUGCCAUGUGCCGUGCCUUCAAAACCCUUGACAAGGACAACAAUGGCACCAUCAAAGUCAAUGUACAAGAGUGGCUCCAGCUGACUAUGUACUCCUGAAUACAGACGACGCCAAUUCAGAAAUGUUUUGUUCGCACUGAACCCCCCCCCCCCCUCUCUCCAACCCCCCAACCCACAUUCUCAAGGCUUCUACAGCACAGACUGUUGGUCUGACACAGUUCUAUGGUUCUGCUGCGAUCACCUGCAUGUUUUGUCUCCCUCUCUUUUUGAAUAUCCCCCCAGAGUUGUAUUGAGUUGUAUUCAUCACUUGCCUUUACUCUCUUUUUCUUACUUGGUUUGCUUCAUGUGCAAUACUGUAUCUACAUAGCAGCAGGCCAUUAGGGCGUCGCAGUAGCUGGACCCAAAGACACUAGUGUAUUAACAGGUCCAAUUUGAUGUGAUCACUGUGCACAAUAACUUGCUACGUACACAACUGUGCGUGCGCGUGCAGACACAGUCUCUCUCUGACACACACACACACACACACACACACACACACACACACACACACACAAUCAAAGUGCCAUUGCUGCAUGAAGCCAAUAGGUGUCAAAGGACCAGCAAUACAAGAAUGUGGAAACAUUUGCCAUGGGUCACUGUUCAUGCUCAUAUUUUAUACUAAAUAAAACAGAGCCAUUAUCGUGA